AUGGAGCUGCGGGCGCUCGACGCGCUCGCGUUCGCGCUCGGCGUCGUCGCGCGCGCGAUGUGGUACGCGCUCGGCGCGCCGGGAGGGUGGUGCCUGCCCAGGGGCGAUCGCGCGCGGGCGUCGUGGGGGGGCGGUGCGAAUGGAUUGGGACUCGGGACGAUGCGUGAAUGUGGCCUGUUCGAACGCGUCUCCGUGGACGCGGAGGCGACGUUAGGGGCGCUGUUGCGCGCGCGUGGAUCCAAUGCGAUGGCGCACGUGAAUGGAUGCGCGUUGGACGCGCACUUGCGUCGAGUGGAGGAGGAAUUAGGGAGGUUUGGGGCGCCGGCGAUUGCGCGGUUGGCGGGCGCGGCGCACUCGGCGUACGGAAGCGAAUUGUAUCCGGGAACGCUCGUUCGGUUGAGGGAUAGGAGGGUGUUGCGUGAGGUAUUGGGAGAUGUCGGAGAGAUGUUGGUCUUCGUGUACGGCACGGCGAGUCAGCGCGCGUGGUACAGGGCGACGCUCGGGGAGACGCGUCCAUUCGUGGCGGUUAAUUUUUACACGGGCGAACGGGUCGAGAUACAGAGUGAUGCGCUCGUGGGGAUCGUGACGUUGAUGCACGCGGCGGAUAUUAUCGCGGUGCUCAAUCCCACGCGCGGUGCGCUGAGCACGGCGGUGGGGUUUGCGUUACAUCUCAUGUCAGUCGCCGCCGAAACGUUGCGCGCCGCUUCGAAGACAUCGUCCGACGGAAAAGCGCUCGAAUCCUUAGCUCGAACGAUCGAGGACGUCGGGCUGGACGAAGUCACGAAACGUAUGGCCAUUCUAAGCGAUUCGUCGGCGACUUGGAGACCGGAAGACGUGCGUGAUCUUCGCGAGCGAGCGGUCGCUCGAGCCGUCGCGCGAUUGCGCUCCACGCGCAGCGACGCGAUCAUGGUCAUGCGCGCCACGGGCGUGCUCUCGUGA